AUGUUUCACAGAAUUUUUUCACCACAGUGUCAAUUGAUAUUGCUGAUUUCCCUCACGAGCGUAAUCUUCGCCAGCUGUCAACAGUGCGAACCUUGCACAAGAAACGAUGCUGGUGAGGUGGAAGAACCUGGUCAUGGCGGAAGUGGUGCAUUCAAUUGCGAUAUCGCCGCAAUCGAAGCACAAUCAUUUGAUAACGGGACCGCUGCUUGUCGUGACCAUCAGCUUAUGAUGUGGCAGAGGAACUGUUGUCCAGAUCCGCCAAGCAACCACUGCUCCAUGUGUGAUACUUACAACGGAGACAAGGUGGUCCCACGCUUUGAACAUCAACAGUUUGGAUCCCCAGAUAUCAAUUUCACCUGUUCCAAUGUGGCAGAAAGAAUAACGUAUCUUGAUCGCGAUGGAAUUUUCAGUGAGUAUGGAAAUUGUGAUCACACGGAGCGCGGUCGAGCAAGAGCCUGGUGCGAAUGUGAGGGAACCUUCCCUGAUUGCACUUUGAAGUGUCCCGAUGGCUCGGAUAUUCCCGACCCAAACAAGGCAGAUCCAUUGUUUGGAGAAACUUGUGCUCGUUGGAUGUUUGAAACAACGACCCUGCCACAAGAAGGAUGCGAAAAUAUCGAAGACAGCCUUUUCUUCUCGGCCAUCUCGUUUUGUUGCAAUUUGCCGCCGCCAAAAACAUGUUCUAUCUGCCCCGAAGGAGAGGAGCUAACCAAUUCCACAGAAGAAGUCUUUCGUGGGAAAACCUGCGCCGAGGUGCAAGAGUAUGCAGAUUGGCUACCAGACGACUCUUGCACAGGUUGGUUCAGCCGACUCAUGGACGAUCCGUUUGAUCCAACAGCAAAAUGCUGUGUGGUAUCGCUCAAUUCUGGCGGCGGUGCUACCGAUGAUACGACCACUGCAACAAGCGAGGCAAGAGGAGGCGCUACUUUGGGACUAGCUUUUACCUUGUUACUAUUGAUACUUCCACACGUUGUGGUCCAGUAG